UGUCACUAAAUCGUUUUUUCUGUCCACUUACAUUUUGCAUCUGAAACUAUGGAGGAGUUGAACGGAAAAUGCGUAAGCGUGGUACUGGCGAUCGACAAGGGCCGAAAUAUGUCAUUUUUGGAACAUCCGGUCAAGAUUGUCGCGAAUUUUCACGGACGACCAUUGGAAUCCGAUCUGGUGAGUCCCGACGACGAUCUGUGUUUCAAUACCGAACUAGUUUGGGAAAUCGAGAAAAAGGAACUGAGAAAGGUGCGUACGAGAAAUAUUCCGCUAAAGGUGGAGCUCCAGCUGGUCGAGAACAACCGAUUUAAAGAUCGCGUAGGGUUCAUUUUGUUGAGCACUCGAAGCGCGAACAUAAUUCCGCACAGUUUUCAGGGUGAGAUACCAUUUAAGUGGUGUAAGCUCCUAGGGGUGCAGGCGGAGCACAAGCGUAACCACCCCGAAUUGUAUAUGUCACUAACGAUACGCGAUUUGAAUUCGGAAGGAUCGGAAGUGCCCUACUUGUCCGAGCUGACGUUACACGCAUCCGAUUCACAGACGGAGGAACCUUUUUAUUUUAAUGGGGAGCUCAUUACAUUCCAAUACCUCCCCGAUGGCUAUAUUCAAAUUGGCAACGGUGAAGGUAUCCAAAAGUUUCUACUCACGAUCAAAAUUAAGGUCGCUUACAACCUCAAUUUACUUCUCCCCGAGGUCUCUUUACUAAACCAAAACCGGGAAAAGUACUUUAUGUCGUUUACCAUGUUGGGGAUAACCAUCAAAUCAAAACCGUUCAGUCGAGAUUUGCAUGACAGUAUUGAAAUGAACGAAAAAAUAGUCGUACGUAUCCGAUCUGAUUGCGAAGUCAUUCGCCAGUAUCUCUCGGAAUGUUGCCAAAUAUACGUAACUUUCUACCAAGAGGACGACAAGCUGGGCAUUGCCAAAGUGAACGUAGAUACCCUCUUGGGUAGUAUUAGUGAGACGGAUUUCAGAAGUGGGGGUUGCUCGGCGUUGUUAGAAGAGAAGUGCUUUUUCACAUUUCCCUACGUGCAAGGUACCAUUCCAACGGAUCCAGAUGACAAGCAGCCUUGCAUUGAAGUUGUUACAACGUUAAAACAGGAAGACGGACCAAGCGAUCUUUCCAUUGGUAAUAGCGUAGCAUGUGUUGCGGAGCUGAGUGUGAGUUCUGGCUCAUCAGGUGAUCAAGUGAGCGAGGUAUCGCUAACUGCACCUGCGAAGGAAGAGUCUUCAGAAUCUCUGAUGGUUUACGAGUGUCACAACGCGCGUGGUGAUGAUCAAAUUGAAGAAAAACUUGAGCAAGGAACGCAUCAGUGUGUUACCGCAGCUGGGGACCAACAAGACCUCGUUGAGUUUACAGAGACCGUUGGUAGCACACAAACUGCUAACUCGAUUUGCGUAUCCCACGGAUCAACUCCAUUUUUAGUUGCACAAUCUGAAACAACCAUAGCAGACUCGCCGUAUCAGCAGUAUUGCUUGGAUGUCAUCGUUGAUAACAUCUCGCUCAAGAAAUGUACUAAAGCGAAGACCAUUCGGAUCAAAUUUAAGCACCCGAAAGCUUCAAGCACAAUAACUGUUGACAUUCAGCCCGAUAGUCCAUUAGGUGAAGAUAUUAUAUUGGAAAACGCGAAAUGCAAGAUGUUCUUUAUUUCCACCGAAGAUCACGUUCGCAAAAUGGUCUACGCGUGGCCUCCCAAACUCCUCCUGACCGACGAACUGGAUAACAAUCUGACGGAAGAGCUCGAUAUUUACACGGCUCUGUUUCUCGCGAAGAAACGCUACGAUUGCUCGUACAUAACCGAGUGUAAGGCUACGCGAACGUACGAGUCGCUCGCGAAUGUGAGUAUCAGAAUGUAUCUUCAGGAGUACGGCUUGUCCGUGUUUCCGGAUCCGACAGACUAUCUACUGUCGCCCCCGAUUUUGGACGAGCACAUUGCUAUACAGGAAUUGGGGGAUCUGCAGACUUGGAAGGUCAAACAGAAGGCACAGUAUACUGCCGAUCUAAAGUUGAUGCAAAGGCAGCGACUGGCAGCGCUUCAAGAUGAAUGGACCGAAAAGAAGAAUCAAAUGGAGAGCAACCUCGCUAAAAGCGUGCAAAAAUUCAAGACGCUAACCUCGGAGCUGCAGACUGCCAUGAACACGUUGCGCACGAAGAAGGCAUUGGAACAAAAGGAGGAGGAAAUGACCUUAACGCAAAACUACAAUCUGCAAGAUCUCGUGGAGAAGAACACCUUGAAAUAUUCCGAAUCGACCAAAGUUGCGCUCAUGUCCGCGAUAAGUAACUUGGAAUACGAAAACAAAAAGCUGAAGCAUAUCAUUGACGAUCAGCGAGUUGAAAUCGAGCAAAUAAAGAAGACGGCCCUCACGAAAGAGCAGAGCACCACGCUCCUGCAGCAGUUGCGUGGGCUCGAAGAGAAGUUUGAGGACACGCAGAAGGCCAAGACGUACUUCAAGGAUCAGCUGAAGAAGGCCGUGCGGGAAAUUCACGAUUUGAAGUCGGAGAAUCAAAAGCAAAUCAAGGAGAGGAUUCACAGUCAACGGAUCGAAUUGAGCCAACUGCGCCUUGACGAUUUGUUGUCCGAUCGCUUUCAAUAAUCGAGCCGGUGGUUAAGCUUAAAUGAAUGUGUGCAUUAAACUAGUUUGUAACCA